CGAACAAACCCAAACCCAUCUGAUCCAUUUCAUGAUAAUGGCUCUCACAAUGAAAGUACCACAUCCAACAACCAUGUGGUUUCCUCUAAAACGAACUUCACUCUCAUCAUAUUCAUAUCCAUACCAAAAACCAAUGAAAACGUCCUUAAUAAAUCUCAAAACCAAUACCAAUGCCUCUUUCACUGUCUCAGCAGCAGCCCAAGGUACCAAUAGAAAGCUCCCCAUAUUGCUUUUUGACAUCAUGGACACCAUUGUUCGCGACCCUUUUUACCAUGAUGUCCCUGCCUUCUUCGGGACAUUAUUUUUCUUAACAUCAGACUCUUUGCAUUUGUUGCAUCAAGUCGGUGACUCUUUUCCAAACAAGAUUGCUUGAUGUAAAGGAAAAGCUGGUUCUUACAAGCCCUUCAGCACCUGUAUUAAUGCAAGUAUAAUUGUGAAUUUAUAUGAGACAGGGAUGUUUUGACUUUUAAGAGGAAGGAUGCCGAUGAAGGAAUUAUUAGAAUGCAAGCACCCAACUGCAUGGAUUGAGUUUGAGAAGGGGAUGAUUGAUGAGGUGGAACUAGCCAGAAAAUUCUUUAAAGAUGGAAGAUCUUUUGAUUUGGAAGGUUGGUCUCAAAAAUUGUAUGAAAAGAGGAUAUUCCUACAUAGAAGGUGUUGAAGAAUUGCUUCAUGCUUUAAAACAAAACUGCUAUGAAAUUCAUGCUUUCACUAACUAUCCAAUAUGGUACAAUAAGGUUUUUAUUUUUAUUUUAUUUAUAUAUUUAUAUAUAUCCAGUGAAGUGGUCAUCUUUAGUUUAAUAAAAUUUUUUUGCAGGUACAAAAUGAUUGAGGACAAGUUAAAAAUUUCAAGAUAUUUAUCUUGGACAUUUUGCUCAUGUUCAAGUGGAAAGAGGAAGCCUGAUCUUAACUUCUAUUUGGAAGUUUUAAACCUUCUUAAAGUUAAUCCAGCAAACUGUAUCUUCAUUGAUGACAGGUUGAGAAAUGUAGAGGCUGCUGUGGAAGUUGGCAUCAUUGGUCUACAUUUCAAGAAUGCACACUUGCUUCGUCAAGAUCUCUCUUCAAAGGGAAUCGACAUUUUAGAAGAUAAAAUUCAAGAACAGUCGUCUUGAUUUUUAACUUCUUAUAACUCUCAUCAUUUGAAUAUUUACCAUUGUUAAAUGGCUCUAUGGUGCUUCUUCUUUCAUCAUUUUUCUUUUUGUUUUUGUUUUUAAAAAAAAAAAAUUAAUUCUCGGGGUGGUUGAUCAUUGGAAGAGAUAAAAAUUGCAGUGAAUGAUUCUUUGUAAAAUCGUUAAUGGAGUCCUAAUCCUUCAAUAAAUUUCACUUUUUCUUUGGUGCUUCA